AUGUUUAAACUAAACGUCUACAUCUCAGUAUGGAUGAAUAUCCGCAUUCAUCACUAUGCUGCUAGAAAUAACCACAAAGAUAUUUGUGAUUUGUUAAUAACAGCUGGGGCAAAUAUUUUUGCCAAGACAAAAAGUGAUGGGGCUACACCUGCACAUCGUGCUGCAUACACUGGCCGAUUGAAUAUCUUACAGUUACUUGUUGACAAAGGUGGGGUCGCACUUUUGGAACUUGGUGAUGGUGAUGGAAGAAACUGUUUGCAUCACGCGUACCGUGGAAAUCAGCAGAAUGUAAUAAGUUGGAUAUUGGAAAAUUAUCCUCAUCUUUCCACAAUGGCAGACAGCAAAGGCAUUCUACCCAUCUCUUUAUCACCUAGCUAG